CCGCUGGCGAGGGCGAUAUGAUGGGGCGAGUAGGGGAGUAGACCGCGCUUGGGGGAGGGGAGGUCGAGGCUGGGGCCGACAUGGGAAACGCGGGCGUGGAGGCUGGAAGGGCGACAGCACAAACAAGCGAAAGUCGGACGAAAGCGCAGCAGAAGAAGGUGGACCAAAACGUCAGUGUUUCUAUGAAGAUAGGGCUCCGCACUCUGGAUCCUAUGCCGCAAAACAGCGACACGAGAACGCAGAGGAUGGACAGGACCUGCUGGGGAACAAGAAAAAGGUUGCGAUGAUCAUAGGAUACUGCGGUACAGAUUUUCAAGGCAUGCAAAUGAAUCCAGGUGCGAUCACUAUAGAAGCGGAACUCGAAAAAGCCAUGUACGAGGCCGGGUGUAUCAAAGAAGCAAACUUUGGUAGUUUGCAAAAAAUAGGCUGGUCGCGCUCGGGAAGGACGGAUAAAGGCGUGCAUGCGGCAGCCCAGGUUGUGGGUUGCAAAUUGCAUGUAAAAAUGAAAAGCGAGGAGAAUGUAGAUGAGAACAGGAAGGAAGAGGAAGAGAACGCGGAGGGGACGGGCAAAGGCGGAGCUAAUGAAAGUCUUCAUGCAGGGAAGGAGGGCGAGGAAGGGUGGAGUUCGAUGGAGAUAGUGAAGGAAGGAGGACCGCCAAUGGGUGCACAAGAAGACGAAACGAGUGACAAGGUCAAGAGCAAAUGCAGUGAAAGCGCGGGAGCGGGAGCGUCCGCGACGGGAGAAGGAGGGGAAGUGUCAGCCCCUGUGGGGAAGGUGGAAGGGCGGGAGGAGGGCGGGCACGCCCCGGGGGCAGUCUCCCCGUCCGAGGCCGGCGGUCCUGAGAAUAUCUCGCACGAAAACACCAGUGGAGGGACGAUAGCCGCGCCAUUCACGACCCUUUCUACGAGCAAAGGGGACGGCGAGAGCGAGGGCCGACCGGAUGCCCUCUCCCAAGAGCCCCCUCACCGCCCGCCACCCGCGCCCGACGCCCUUGCGGCGGCCUUGGAAGCUACUCGGAUGGCAAUCAACCGGCAAUUGCCUCCCAGCAUCCGCAUACACGGGAUUUUGCGGGCCACCAGGGGCUUUAACGCGAAGAACGACUGCACCCGCCGGCGGUACUGCUACUGGC